UUCCCUGCCGGGGAGCGUCACGCAGUUGUCCAGUGUGACUCCUCAGCAAGUCCGCACCAACUCCAGGAAGCCGGACCGCAAGGAAUAAUCGUUCAAAGGAAUAAAAUCAGCAACAGCAGAAGCAGCAGCAGCAGCAGCAGCGGGAGGAGGAGCAGGCUAUACCACACAAACCGUGAGAGCUGUCCAGGGAAGAGGGGUCUCCCCAAAACCGGAGCCAUGAGUCGCAGCAUCGUGCGGCAGAGUAAGUUUCGCCACGUCUUUGGCCAGGCGGUCAAGGCUGAGCAGGGUUACGAUGACAUUCGUGUUUCCAAGGUGACGUGGGACAGCUCCUUCUGCGCCAUCAACCCAAAGUUCCUGGCCGUCAUUGUUGAAUCCAGCGGAGGAGGGGCCUUCCUGGUCCUGCCCCUCUCUAAGACAGGUCGUGUGGAUAAGAGCUACCCGCUGGUGAUCGGCCACUCUGGACCUGUCCUCGAUAUUGACUGGUGCCCUCAUGACGACAACAUCCUGGCCAGCUGCUCAGAGGAUUGUACUGCAAUGGUGUGGCAGAUCCCAGAUCAUGCACUGACCCGCCCCCUCGCUGACCCCAUUGUGGUCCUGGAGGGACACUCCAAACGUGUCGGCAUCGUCACCUGGCACCCCACGGCACGCAACAUACUACUCACUGCGGGCAGUGAUAACCUGAUAAUCAUCUGGAACGUGGGGACAGGUGAGCCCCUCAUCUCCAUGGACGACCACCCAGACCUCAUCUACAGCAUCAGCUGGAACCGAAACGGCAGCUUGUUCUGCACCACCUCCAAGGACCGACGUCUGCGCGUCUGCGACCCCCGCAAGAGGGAGGUUGUCGCGGAACGUCUGGCUCCACAUGAGGGGAUCCGGCCAAUGAGAGCCAUCUUCACCAGAGACGGAAACAUCUUCACCACAGGAUUCACCAGGAUGAGCCAGAGAGAGCUUGGACUCUGGGACCCGACAAAUUUCGAGGAGCCUAUUGCACUGUUGGAGUUGGACACAAGUAAUGGAGUCUUGUUACCAUAUUAUGAUGCAGAUGCAAACAUGGUCUACCUCUGUGGAAAGGGGGACAGCAGUAUCCGUUACUUUGAGAUCACAGAGGAGCCGCCAUACGUCCACUACCUCAACACCUUCAGCAGUAAGGAGCCCCAGAGAGGGAUGGGCUUCAUGCCUAAGAGAGGUGUGGACGUCAGCAAAUGUGAGAUUGCCAGGUUAUACAAGCUCCUCGACAAGAAGUGUGAGCCCAUCACAAUGACAGUGCCCAGAAAAUCGGACCUCUUCCAGGACGACCUGUACCCAGACACAGCAGGGCCUGAGCCCGCCAUGGAGCCUGAAGAGUGGCUGGAGGGCCGUGACGAGGAUCCACUUCUGGUGUCCAUGAGGGAGGGCUACGUGCCGCCUAAGAGCCGAGAGCUCAAAGUGGCAAAGAAGAACGUGUUGGACUCCAGACCCACCACUCGACGCAGCAUGUCUACUUUGGACACCAACAGCCUGCCGCCUCAGUUGCUUGAGAGGUUGUUGGAGGAGUUACAGAAUCUGAAGGCCACAGUUUUGUCUCAGGAGAAGAGAAUCUGUGACUUGGAGAAUAAGCUUUCCCAGUACACCAAUGGCACUGCCUGACAUGCAUGUAAACACACCUUCUGAAGAACUGGUCUGAAUUUCAUAGAAAACACAUUUCCCUUGCAUUGACGAGAAACCACUCUCCUUCAUACUCCAACAGCGUUGUCCCUUUAAAGGUGCCAUUGUGUAAGAGCAUGAAUGUGGACAAUUUAAACGCAAAUUUCUCGGUCCAACAAAUCCGAACAAAAUACAUCCAUAUCAAGUAU